CGCGCAUCGUCGCACGCGCACGCUUCAGUGCCGCGACAAACGAACGUUCACACCGUUCGUCGCGCGAAGCAGAUCGCACCGCGGGUCGACUAGCGUCGCGCGGGUGGAUCGCGCGGGGAGACCGGGGACGCGCUCGAUCGCGGGAAGCGCUGAGGGAGAGGAAAAACACCGGAGACCAUGAAGCUCGUGCGGUUCCUCCAGAAGCUCUCACACGAGACGUGCACCAUCGAGCUGAAGAACGGGACGGUCGUGCACGGGACGAUCAUGGGCGUCGACAUCAGCAUGAACACGCACCUUAAGAACGUGAAGAUGACGCUGAAGGGAAAGAACCCGGUGUCGAUGGAUCACCUCAGCGUGCGAGGGAACAACAUUCGGUAUUACAUCCUCCCGGACUCGCUCAACUUGGACACGCUGCUCGUGGACGACACGCCGAAGAUCAAGUCGAAGCCCGGGGCGAAGCCCGGCGCGGGGGCGGGGGCGAGGGGACGCGGGCGCGGACGGGGGAGGGGGCGGGGGCGGGCGCGUUGAUGCGUUGAUGCGGACGCGUCGACGAAAGAACGGAACGAAACGGCGGCCGAGAGAGAGACUUCGCGACGGCGUCGACGCGACUCGCUGGGAACUUAGCUGUUACUACUCACUCACCCUCGUUACAAAAUGGACGAGGCACACUACUACUGUAUACGACGUGCUCAUUGCUCG